AUGAAUAACUCACUCCCUGAUAUAUAUCCUUCCGGAACGACCCUGACAGUCGGGUCUCAUCAUGCACGCAUACAGAAGUAUGUGACGAGCGGGGGCUUUGCCCACAUCUAUUCAGUGGAGAUAUCCCCACCUGAUCCUAAUAGUGCUAGCAACCUGGCUUGCUUGAAGCGAGUGCUGGUUCCCGAUAAACCGAGCCUGAAUGUGCUUCGCGCAGAGGUGGAUGCUAUGAAGCUUCUGCGGGGAAAUAAACACGUUGUUUCGUACAUAGACUCGCACGCUGCGAAAACGGCUUCCCCACAUGGAUCUUAUGAGGUGUUCUUGUUAAUGGAAUACUGUACCAGUGGUGGGUUGAUAGAUUUCAUGAAUACGAGAUUGCAGCAUCGCCUUACAGAAGCAGAAGUGUUAAAGAUUAUGAGCGAUAUAGUGCAAGGUAUCGCUGCAAUGCACGCUUUGCUGCCGCCGCUCAUCCAUCGGGACAUCAAGAUCGAAAACGUGCUAAUUUCCAACGACCAAACGUUCAAAGUUUGUGAUUUUGGCUCCGUCUGCGGUGUUAUCAGACCGCCUAAAAACUCUCAUGAAUUUAAUUAUGUUCAACAUGACAUUAUGAAGAACACCACCGCACAAUAUCGAUCUCCAGAGAUGAUCGAUCUUUACCGAGGAUAUUCAAUCAAUGAAAAGUCCGAUAUAUGGGCCCUCGGAGUAUUUCUUUACAAGCUUUGUUAUUAUACAACACCAUUUGAAAAAGUUGGCGAAAGCGCCAUUUUGCAUUCUAGAUUUCAGUUCCCUGCAUUUCCACAAUAUAGCGACAAGCUAAAAAAUCUAAUUGGCGUCCUCUUAUCCGAGAAUCCCAUCAAAAGACCUAAUAUUUGCCAAGUGCUCGAGGAAGUAUCCCGCAUUCGUGGCGUCCCAUGUCCUUUGCAGAACUUCUACCUCCUAAGAAACAUACAGCAGCAGCAGCAGCAACAGCAGCAACAACAGAUGAUGCCGCCUUCAGUCGAGUCCCAUCGCUCUUUAAGUCAACCCAGAUUGGACAUUCUUCAAGGUGCGAUCGAUCUACAUCAUGCCACACCCCAAAGUCAAUCUAAUCUGAGGACAUCCAAAACAUUUGCAUUGGGUGCAAAUCAAAAUGGCUAUUUUGAACAGAAAGCAACAUUGGAGCAGCCACCUCUACGUUCCGAGCACACUAAAUCGGCAGAUCCUUUCAUGUCCAUUGACAAAUCCUCGCUUCUUCAUGAAAAAGCUCCAAAUCUACCCCCCAUCUCGACCCCCGAGCAAUUGUACAGGUCGCAAGCUUCCAUAGAUACCAAGGAUAUACCUUUGAGAAGUACGGCCAACUCCGCACUUGGGGGGCGUGGCGAUAUAUCGAAGAUUGUCAGUGCCAAUCCAACCAGCUUCCAAUCAAACUCACUAUAUGUAUCCUCAUCCACCCAAACUGACACCGAACUACCCCCUGCUGUGCCGCAUAAGGCUCCGCGGACAAACUCAUCUGCUGAUGGGCUGGAGGGCCAGACGACCGGAGAAAGCCGGGCACGGCGGCUGGGACAGAAGCUGAAAACGGUGUUUACUGGUGAGAAAAGGUCUACUUCUCCCAUUAAGUCAAGACAAAAUACGGGUGAUAGCGUGAAGUCGUCAUUUGCCACACUUCGCCGCGGGAUUUCGAGGGGCAGCUUCAAGGGAGAUCAUUUUGAUUCAAGGACACUAAAAGACUUCCCACAACCGCAACAUCCAUCUUAUGGUAACAAAUUCAGAGUUUCUUCAACAGAGUCGAUCGAAGAAGAAGAAUAUGUACCCAGGAGAUCCCACACUAGAACGAGUAGUAGUGCUUCAAUUGUCUCUGACUUGGAUGAACUUGAACGCGAUAACACUGGAGCCCGGGAAUACUACAGGUCAAGAUCUCCAGUAAAGAUAGCUGGGGAUCAGGACUCUAGGUCAAGCAUACAAAAGCGGGUGCAGGAUCUUUUGAAGAAUUCUGAAGAAUCUCCCGUACAGAAGACUGCUCACGGAUAUGGCAGGUAUUCGGGUAACACUGCAACAGAGCUUUCUGUCCAAUUAACCAAUGAGAGUAGACUGGGAGUUCCAGAAGAGGCGAAUAACUUCAAUUCAUCGGUUCCAUCGCCCAUUAAGCGCGAUUCCAGCGUUGUCGUCACCAAACUCGAUAUGUUGCCGAACAAAAGCGGUCAGAAGCCUUCCACAGUUCUGAAAGAGGACCACGUCAAGCCAAAGCGACCUGCAAAGCCUUCUUACUUAAAAGGUAAUAAGGUUGCCAGGAUAAAAGAGCCUCGCAGUAACAAUCAUCAAAGAAAUGUUAGUGAUCUCGAUAUCGAAGAGCUUGAAAAAGAUUUCAAAAUGAGAUUCCCAAGUGCCGUUUAA